AUGGAUUCCAUGAGAUCACUCAACACUUCCUUACCGAGCUCUACGCCUCGUUCCCAGCCCCCCGAGCAACUUUUGCAAUCGUUCAAGGCCGCUGCGUUGUCAGUCACCAACCUCUACAAGAAUGCCGUCUACGAGCAGGCCCAAGCCAAACAGUCUGGCUACCAGGAAGCCAUUGAGGAUCUGUUGCAAUUUCUAGACCGGGAGAACAUCGGUCUUUGUGAUGGGGAGGGCUGGAAGAUCCGACAAUGGGCCACGGAGCGGAGUGAUGGAACGGGAACUCCCAGCGACGACGACGACGUCGAGAAACACCAUGGCUCUCCGUCGACGAAGGCUCGUAAGGAUCACCACGAGCCAGAAACCCCUCGCCAACAGGCUAAAUCGGCAUCUUCUUCGGCGGAAGAACCGACCCCUGCCCAACAGUCGACGCCUGCCAACCCAGCCGUCGUCGAAGCAAACACCCUAGAGAAACCCACCGUUUUCACCUUCUCAGCCGGACCUUCCUUCCCUCAGCUACAGGAACACGAUGUCGAUAUGCAGCCUUCAGAUAGUACAGCCGGGGUAACAUCCGACGGAGCACCUGUCAGCGUCUCUGUCUUGCCUCGGAACUCUCGCCAACCAAACCGUCACAACAACCUGUCUCGAGCGAACCCUCGAUCUUCGACGCGAGAGCCCUCGGUGGGCUCGGUGGGGAUAGGCUCUAAGCGCAAAUUUGCCGUCCCCGACUUUUUCGAUCUAUCAGGCCUUGGAAAUAGGGAUAUAUUUGGAGGCGGCAAACGCGGGCGGUUCACCUAA